UGAAAGGAGUCCCUGUUGUAAUUCGCCCUCCCGACCACCGGCAGCGCUGUGUAGGGUUGACCGUGAUUGGGUCAGGAGGCUGAACUCUGACCAUACAGGAAGUUCCGGGUCAGGCGGCCAUCUUGGCCCAAGGUGGGACCAUGCGGCCGUCAGGUCCCAUCAUUGCAAUCAGCUGUGCUGUUCUCAUCGAUUGGCUGACGUGAGGCAGCGUGCUGAUUGCAGGGGUGGGACUUGGCAGUAUUUAAGCAGUAUGGUUUUGCCAUUCGGCCCCCUGUCCUGAACUGAAAACACGUGCUGUGCUUUGUUGUUGUUUUGUUUUAUCAAACUGCUGUAAUUCGCAGAAGCUUGAAACUUAAGGGACUUUGGUGGAUUGCCGCAGUGGAAGAAACCCAGGACAAGCCAGUAAUCCGUGGAAGGGGGCCAGGAGGCGGUGAGAGGAAACCCACUGCAGGAGCACAGAGAAACCCAGUGCUUCCUUUAUUGUUGUGUGUAACGGGACGUUUUUGUUUAUUCUUUUUAUUUGAAACCUGAGUUUACCAUCGCUGGUAUUCCAGGUGGUUUUCUUGUUUAUUUUCUGGAAUACUGGACUGUUCUAUUUUUGUUUGUUAAAAUAAAAUCCUGCCUGUACCAUUGAAGGUACAGGGCUCCAAGGACUAAACGACACUUCCGGCUCCUGUGUGCUGUCAUUUCUGGUCCUUCCCUAAAGCUCCACCCACUACCCUCCCACAAGGUGGUGUCAGAAGCGGGAGGAGCAUGGACCGGCACACCCUGCAAGCCGUCUUGGAGGAUCAGGAGAGACACCGUGACGGUGUAGAGCGGCGUCGGGAAGAACGGGAUGCUCAGAGGGAUGCUGAGCGUUCAGCCCAUCUGACCGCGAUGACUGACAAGAUGGCGGCCAUGUGUCUGGCCAUUCAGAACCUGGUAGUGGCCCAGGCCCAGGCCCAAGCCCAGGUCCCGGCCGCAGCAGCUGGACCAGCGCAGCCGACGCCCAAAAUCCGGCUGCAAAAGAUGACCUCAGAAGAUGACCCGGAGGCCUUCCUGACCACGUUUGAGCGGGUGGCUACAGUGUCAGGGUGGCCAGCCAGAUGUUGGGCGGCACAACUCGCCCCUUGUCUGACUGGUGAGGCGCAGGCAGCAUACCGGGCCCUGAGCAAUGUGGCAGCGGAGGAUUAUCCCCAGGUGAAGGCAGCUAUCCUCCAACGCCUCAAUAUCACUCCGGAAACGCAUUGCCGGCGUUUCCGGACCUACAAGCGUCCAGAGGGAACCCGGCCCCGCAUUGCGGCCCAGCAACUCUGGGACCAUCUGACCCGCUGGCUGCGUCCCACUGAACGGACCACCCAACAAAUCAUGGAGUCUGUGGGGGUCGACCAGUUCCUGGAGGUGUUGGAACCGGAGACUCGAGCCUGGGUCGCUCGCCACAGUCCCGAGACGAUGGACAAGGCCGUCGAACUGGCGGAGGCUUUCGAGGAUUCACUGCUUCGGGUGGACCCCAGUCCAGCCCCAGCAGUCCCAGUGAAGCAUCGCCCUUUACCAGCGCACCCAAGGACUGCAGCGAGGCCUUCAGUUUUCCCCGUCCCUUUGAGCGCCUCGACUCCAAAGUGGAGACCGAGGUUAGCUCCCAGCUGGGCCAGAGAGAAUCCCUGGACCCCCCCCCCCCAGUGGUGGACCAAGGGACAAGCAGCCGUCUCCCACAGCGUUGCCUUCCCCUACCUGCUUCCGGUGCCAUGAGGUGGGACACAUCGCGAGAUUCUGUCCUGCCGCAAUGGAGUGUGACGUGGCCUUGCGAUGUCCGGACGCAGAGGGUGAAGCUUGAAACUUAAGGGACUUUGGUGGAUUGCCGCAGUGGAAGAAACCCAGGACAAGCCAGUAAUCCGUGGAAGGGGGCCAGGAGGCGGUGAGAGGAAACCCACUGCAGGAGCACAGAGAAACCCAGUGCUUCCUUUAUUGUUGUGUGUAACGGGACGUUUUUGUUUAUUCUUUUUAUUUGAAACCUGAGUUUACCAUCGCUGGUAUUCCAGGUGGUUUUCUUGUUUAUUUUCUGGAAUACUGGACUGUUCUAUUUUUGUUUGUUAAAAUAAAAUCCUGCCUGUACCAUUGAAGGUACAGGGCUCCAAGGACUA